AUAACAUUACUUUUACAAUAUUUUACAACAACUUCUAAAACACUAUCUUACUAGAUCUAGGUCUAGAUCUAGAUCUAGAAUCUAGAUCCAGAUUCUAUUUGGCUUACCAGUUAGAAUCUAGAUCUAUUAGUUAAGUUAGGCUACAAUAUUCAAUCUAGAUCUAGAUCUAGAUCUAUUUUACACACUACACCUGACCCUGUGUCUGUGGUGACACUGAGUACAAUCUCAGUACAAACAUCAGUUUCAUCAGUAGUUCAGUAGGCCUACUAACCAAAAUCCAGUUCCUCAUCAUGAACAAUAACUAUGAUGUAAUAGUUGUUGGUGCUGGAAUUUCUGGUUUGACAGCAGCAUAUAACAUAAAGAAAAAAGACCCGAAUGCUAAAGUUGUGGUCCUUGAAGGCAAAGACAGAGUAGGAGGCAGAACACAGACAGUGCCAUUAAAAUCCUCAACAGGAACAGAUCUAUGGGACAUUGGAGGCCAGUGGGUGGGCAGAUGUCAGCCUCAUAUAUUAAACCUGCUGAAAGAGCUUGGCAUUGACACCUACCCGCAGUACAUCAAAGGGACUAAACACCAGCAGCUCGGAGAGACCAAAAUUAGAUCCUAUACGUCCAACAUUCCCAAGCUCUCAAUCUGUGCUUUGUUAGAUCUUCAAUGGCUCAUGUUCAAAUUGGACAGAUAUGCCAAUCAGCUUUCAGUAGAAGACCCACUCUCCCAUCCAUGUGCUGAAGAGUGGGACGCCCUAUCUUUAGCUGCAUAUCUGGAGAGAACUCUGUACACACAAGGCGCCCGUGACGCCAACAAUGCAGCAACAAGGAGCAUCCUGGGGUGUGAGACCAGCCAGGUUUCAUUUCUCUACUACCUGCUGUAUGUAAAGAUGGCUGGAGGCAUCACUAACCUGGUGGAAGCCACAGAGUACAGGGCACAAGAGUGGAAGAUUGUUGGUGGGGCCCAGCAAAUAUCUGAAAAACUAGCUGGUCACAUUGGCAGUGAAGGAUUGAGGAAAGGAGAUCCUGUUGUGGAUAUAAAACAGACAGAUACAGCUGUAGCUGUCACUACUGCCAGUGGUUGGAAGGGUACAGCAUCCUUUGUUAUUCUAGCCUUGCCACCCAAAGGAAUAGAACAUAUCCAGUUUAACCCCAAGUUAUCCGCUGAUCGUGUUGAUUUCAUGAAACAUAUGCCCAUGGGAACAAUGGUCAAAGUUAUUAUCACUUAUGAAAAGGCAUUUUGGAGAGCCAAAGGGUUUUCAGGGGAGAUAGUCUCUGAUGGAGGGGAGGCAACUUUGCCAGGUUGUAUUUACAAUCCAAUAUGUAUCACAUAUGAUGCCACAACACAUAAUGGAAGCCCAGCUCUAGUUGGCUUUAUGGCAGGGGAGCCAGCUGUUGAGUGGGCAAAACAACCAGAGGAACUGAGAAAGAAAAGUGUCUUGACCCAACUGUCAGCAUUCCUUGGAGAGGAAGUCCUUAAGCCCCUUGCCUACAUAGAGAAGGAUUGGAACUUGGAGCCCUACAGUUGGGGAGCCCCUGUGUCUUAUGUUGCACCAGGUGGAAUGCUCAACUUUACCAAGGCCAUCAGGCGACCUGAAGGGAGGAUCCACUUUGCUGGAACUGAGACAGCUACUGCCUGGUCUGGCUACAUGAGUGGGGCUGUCCAGGCAGGGGAGAGAACUGCAGCAGAGGUACUCUCCAGAUUGAGGCCAGCGGAGUUGUCUAAGGGAGACCAACAGGAAGGCACCCUGUGUUCUGGUGGCUCCUGCUGUGGGGAAGGUGGGGUGCGGGCUAUGAAGUUGAGGAGAGCCAGAAGAGGGAAGACUACGUUGUCGGUGGUACUGUCGUAUGGAUUAGGGUUAGGGUUGGUCACUGCAGCUGUUUUGGUGGUUGAACGUUGUGUGAGAAAUGGAGAAAUUGGCUGGUCAUAUACAAAAUAAUUUUUUUUUAAUUUUAAUAAAAAAAAUUUCAUGUUUAGUGUCACCUUUAAUCAUAUGUUUGAGAUGUAGAGUAUGGUUCCAAUGAAUACAAAUCGUACCUAGGCUUAUUAACUUUGUAUAUACAUUUUUAAAAUUAUGUCCAUUUGAACAAAAGCUUAACUUGUUCUGUAAACUUGAUUGUUUUUGCAAGUUUUGAUAGCAAUUGUUUUCUUUUUUUAAUUUAAAAAUAAAACCUUUUAUUUUUACCUAAAAUGUCUUCCAUACAUUUCCUACAUACCCUACAUAUAACAGCUUCAACAAAGCAUGUUUGAUUUUGAUGUAUUUAAAUUCUAGAACCAAAUGUUGAAUGUUAAUAUCUGUGAUAAAUUUAUAAUCACACAAUUAGAACUGUAUUAUUUCGUUGUUUUUGUCUAAAUUAGUGUCAAAUGAGUUUUUGCUUGUACUGAAUUUUUGCUUCUAACAUAAUUUUUGUAGCUUCUAAGGGAAGGAACCUACAGAGUACUAUUGAGUAAUGAUUGUAAAACACUUUUUAAUUAGUUUUUAUUUUUAUAAACUAGUCUGUGCUAGUCAUAGUGUCAGGUUUUAUCUAUAGUGUUGUGAUCUGUUUAGCUAACUCAUGGACACAUAGUCUCUAGUCCACAUCGUGUUGUCAUAUAAUGGCUUUUUAUCUGCUCAGUAAAAUAACAUGGUUAUAAAAUCAAUAUUUAUGGUAAUCUUUAUACAUUUUUCAGUGACAUACAUUCGUCUGACAAAUUUUUUUUAAUAAAAUGUUUAUACUUAUUUUGUGUAUUAAACUGUUCUGUUUUACACUGUUAUUUCACAUACAUUUUAAUUUUUGGAAAUCUUCACACAAAUUGAGAAGAGUUAUUUUUUUCUAAAGAAUAAAAAUGGAUAAUCUACAUUUAUCUCUUAAAAAUGUUUCGUACUUAAAAUAUGUUUAUUGACACAUACGGCCACGCUUUCAAGUUGUUUACCUGUUCAUGGAGUAAAACUCAUGACAGCUACUUUUAAAAGUGUUUAACUUUUCUUCAAUACUAUAAUGUUUGUUUUUUCCUGCAUAAACUAGCUGUUUUUUUUUGUUUCAGUUUGCCCUUUUUAACCAUCUAGAUGUUUGCCAGUUUAAUUUUACUUUACAUGUAGACGAAUUGCUUUAUUUUGAUGUCAGAGCUGUUGAUGUACUUACAAAUUGACAAUAUUUUGUUGAUUAAACUACACUUUAUAAAAUUUUAACUCCCAAUCAAAUGUGAAUGGUUUAUUCUCUUUGUAUCUUGAGUGAUGCUAAGUGUAGUGAUGUGAAGGUGUGCUAAGUGUGGUAUGUAAAGGUAUGUUAAGU